UAAUAACAGUACAGACCAACUUGUAAUACAAUGUCAAGAAUACAAGUCCAUAGCGCAAGCAGCCGAAGUAGAACGGGAUAAAUUGAUGGAAUUGGUAUCUAUGCUACAACACAGGAAUGAUGAGUCGAACCAAAAAGUAACAGAAUUCCAGUCUAAGCAAGCAGAGCUAAAACAACGAAAUGUACAACUGGAAAAACAGCUCGGGAAAGCCCGGAUGGAAGUUGCCAACUUGUCAAAAUCAUCUGGGGUGAAAGCAAAGCGUACUGGGUCCGCAGUGUCGUCGACUGUUAUUCUAGACGAAGACUAUAUGAGAAGCGAUUUGCCGCAAACACAAGACAAUAUAGAAGAGCUACAGACAAGGUUAGCUAUUCAGAUGGACGAAAACGAUGCGUUGAAAGCGGCGUUGCAGAGUACGAUGAAUGCCAAGGAAGACGAUCUCAAACUUUACCACGAAAUGAUGGAUCAAACCAGACAAGUUUUCCUUCAAGGACUAAGACACUUCAAACAACAAAAUACAUCAUGAUUAUGAGACCGAGUUCGUGCAUCUUGGAAUUUAUCCUGUAAAUCGUUUUAUUUUCGCAAGAAUUGUUUUUGUUUUCUCUUGAGGAUUAAUCGUCGAAGGGGAUAUGUAUCCUGAUCGGGAUCCAAAUGAAAAUGGAUUAGAAU